AUGAUGCUGCAUGACAAUAAUAAAUGGGAUAUAAAUGACCGCACUAUAUGUUAAAAGAACCACAUUUCUCACAUUUGUUAUAAUGUUCGAUAGAUGGCAGCAACGACAACUUCCUGGCAGUUCAAUAUGGCGGAAAUAUUGAAUUGUUGUUCUUAGAUAUUUUGUGUUACGUUGCUAUAUUUUUGAUGGGAUCUGAUAAGGCUAUACUGCUGAUUGUGCAAUUAUAUCGUGGUCGGGACUUUCCACGGCGUCCUCAGCAUGACAUCGUCAUCGCGGCCAAGUUCAAUGGCGAGGAGAUGCGCACAGAUCCAAUCGCUCAUGGUGAGCAGCCACAGAACGACAGCGAGCUCGGUUGGCAGCUGACGACGCGUGACCUCCACAAACACAAGCUACAGCGAACGCCGAUCCGAGUCAAGUGCUAUGCGAUCAAUCGCAAGACCAAGACGCAGGAUCAGAUCGGCUACAUUGUGCUUGACAUUCGCAGUGCCGAGAAUAAGCAACAGGUUCCAAAAUGGCAUCAGUUGUUAAACGGCAAGUAUAGAAAUAAAAAACCGGCUCUACUGGUGGCUGUUACUGUGGAAGACGACACAUUAGUUCCUCAGGGCAAAACUCCUACUCACAACACACAAGUGAAGAACACCCGUGGUGCUGAAGGAUGGACCAGCUUUAGAAACAGCCUAGGUGGUAAAGGUGUUGGAAGUCAGAAAUCUCCAGCUCAGCUCCUGCCAGUAUUGAGGGAGGCUGAUGGGUUUUAUCAGCUCGGCCCUGAGCAGUCAGACAACGAACUAUUCACGUUGUCUGUGACAAUUGCAUUUGCUGCCAAUCUCGCCCAGUUAGUGCCAUCGACAUAUCGUCUGCCGAACAAGGGUGGUUUCUUCUUCUACUACACCCUGCUGGGCAACAAUGUGAUGAGCGAUGCAUUUGCGGACCUCCUCGAUCCCACCUUCCCUGCCGAGAGAAGCUCCGUGCGUGUCAGCAGCAAUCUGGCUACUCUAGCUGCGUUCCUGCAUAAUGGAACCCCACUGCAGAUACACCUGUGCAGUGACGAUCACUCUCUCGGGUAUGCCGAGGUGUCGAUGAGGAGUCUGAUCCCUGAGCAUGAGGAGACCUACUCACAGCCUUAUGUCCUCGAAGGCUUGUUUCAGCUUAAAGCACCCGGGCACAUACAGGAGAAGUUACCUGACCUUCCAGAUGACCAUGCACCAUGCUUGGGAAUGGCAAUUGUGCUUCGCAAAGAUGCUAAUAAGCAGGACAGCACUCUUGCUUCACCGUGUCAUCCGAGCGAAACCAUCCGUGUACCCCACACUCCACCAGUGAGGGAUGGCUCAAGCCAUAGAGAUGGUCAUACAGUGCUGCCAGCCACUCAGCAGCCGGUGAAGAAGAAGCGUGGGAGAGGAAGUCAUACGGAUAGUGAAGUGAGCAGUAUUGCUAGCUAUCACGAGCCAGGCAGGGAAGCCGUAGCAACGACGAAGUACAGGAAAGAUGAAGCCUGGUUGGAGGCGACAUUGGAGACUCGGCCCGUGGCGGCACCAGGACCGCGCGAGGGUCAGUAUCACGCGCAGGCGACAUCUAGUGGUGCGCCGGCGACAUCUAGUGGUGCACCGGCGACAUCUAGUGGUGUACCGGCGACAUUUAAUGGUGCACCAGCGACAUCUAGUGGUGCACCGGCGACAUUUAAUGGUGCACCGGCGACAUCUAGUGGUGCACCGGCGACGAGUCUGAGCACGACAAGCACACACGAGGUCGCCCCUCCCAUGCAGCACCAUUUCCGCUGCUGCAUCGACCUGAGGGAGCUGCGUGCAGCGGGCAUGUCGUCGAGGGAGCAGUGUUACAUCCGGUAUCAGUACCCAUUCUUUGGUGGGGCAGCACCAGUCAUGACACAUCCCACCAUCGAAAUAAGACCGGGUGCCAGCAUUAAACUGCCAAACUCCUUUUGUGCAUUUGACUUUGCGACGUCACCACAGCAUCUUCAACGGAGUUUGCAUGGCUCCCCCGUUAUACUUGAGCUAUGGAGUAGGGACCAGCAACACAAGGACACGUUAUUGGCGCAUGGCAUGCUACCUCUAGGCAAUGUGCUUCAACAAGCCUGCAAGCAGACUCGGGUAGCCGGAGGCAAGGAGAGCUCCCAGCAGUCUAUGGAUGUCAUCGUUCCCAUUCAGAGCACUGCCAGUCCUGGCAGGCAGCUGGCUGACCUCGACACACAUGUAACAUUGGAGGACUUUGGCCAGCUAGCCACUGGACAGAUGCAGGAGAUAAGGAAGAAGCAUCAGGAGGCCAAGCAGCAACCUGAGACAAGUGAGCAGCCGGUAGCGGCGAGUGAGCCAGCCAAGCCGCUGCCGCCACCACAGCCGCGUCCCUCAGCAGCAACCCUCGCCCCAGGUCCACGCGCCUCCUCUGAGUAUCAAGCUGCCCUCGAGCUAGAGCUGUGGAAAGAGGCGCAGGAAAGACUCUUUCAGCACGACUUGCAGCAGCGGGAGUCUACACUCCUUCAGACACUGACGUCUGAAUGGAAGAAGAGGGAGGAGGAGCGAGAGCUUCUGCUGCAGAAGAAGGUUGCGGAGUACAGUGACAUGGAGAGGAAGCUACGAGCAAUCAUCGCCGAGAUGGGCCGAAAGGAGAAGCAGAUAGCUGCACGAGAACAACAGCUGUCGAGACUACAGGAGGAGUGUGAACGAGAUAAGAACACACAGGUAGAUAAGUCACUCACCCAGCUACGGCAGGUGCAGGAAGAAUGUAGACACCAGCUGGAGCUAGAGCGGUCAAAAGUGAAGGAGUUGGAGAUGCAAAAACAGAGACUGCGCGAAGAGGUGGCAGAGUGGGAGAGACGGUACAAGGUGAAGGCAGAGCAGUUUCUACUGUAUAAAGAAGAGGAGAAAAGCAAACCACACACACAGCUGCAAUCUCAAGUAGAUCUUCUCAGCCUUGAAAAGGCAGACAUAGAGAAGAGGUUGGAGUCGGUGACCAAGUCGAAGGUACACUACAAGCAGCAGUGGGGCAAGGCACUUAAGGAGCUCGCCAGGUUUCGCCACCGCGAUCAGCAGCAGGCGCGCGCAGAGCUGGACCGCCAGCAGGAGGAGCUUGAUGGUCUACGCCUCAGGUACUUGGCAGGAGAGGAAAACAUGAAGAUCGAUUCAGAGAGGCACGCACUUCAGGAUAUUAAACAGGAAAUUGCAAGGCUGAGGACUGCUCAGCUGGUUGACAGAGAUGCAGACACGAGUGCUGCGAGUGUGAGGCAGGCCCAAGCGCUAGCCGCCGCCAGUCUGGAGCAGCGCGUGGCCGAGCUCGUGGAGGAGAGAGACGUGCUGCUGCGCACGGGCGUCUACCUGCCAACAGAUCGCGUCGUCGUCGAGCUAGACCGUGAGAUACAGCAGACGCUGGAGCGAUCCGGCACCGCGCGAUGACGCCACGAAAUCUGAUUGUGCGAGCUUACAAAUGAAUUCAAGUCGGCAAUAGUUCAGCGCAUUAUCAAAUGAACCAAAACAGAGUAUUGUUACAUAGAACCUAAGUUUAGAACUGUUAGUGUUAGAAGACGGACAUGUACUUAUAUUUUUCUACGUAUCCAUGUAUGAAGAAACUAAAGCUUUUGAUUGCACAGCAAUUUACAGUUUUUACUGACAAUGUAAUUUAGGAAUUGUAGUUUGCGUGUGGAUCUGUAUGCGAAAUACUGUAUUUAUGAAGUUCUUUGGAUGUAUUAAUAAUAAUAAAGACUAAUUCUAUUAGCCUGCUAUAAAAACCAA